UAAUCACAUACCCCUCCCCCGCGGGCCAUUACUCACGGCCAUCUUUUGAGAGGAAGGAGAAGAAGAAGAAACGUUGCACCCACACGCGUCUCGGGCAGAACCAUUUCUUCAACGACGUUUCCCGAGGCAGUGGCAAGAUGCGGUCCUCGUCCAGGCCCGCAUCGAGCCAUACAUGUACGACAAUCUUCACCGUGGCGGCGUCUUCCAUCAUGUUCGCCGCCGCCUUCGUGGUCGCCUUUCUCGUUCUCGAGGCCUUCCACCGAAAGAUCGACUACGAAUUCCACGACCGCGAGCUUGGACAUCAUCGCCACCGAACACGGCCGACCAUAACCAGUCGUGUCCAUCGGCCCAUUCAAUCCUGCGGCGACAAAUGUACGCCGUCCGGGACAGAGGGCACUGUCGCCGUGGAACCCUGCGACGACUUCUACGAGUUCGUCUGCGGCACCGAACGUCCGCAGCGCACCAAGGUAGCUCAGGUCCUCAUGGAAGGGCUGGAGCAGACGUUCAAAGCGUAUGGGGGUCUACAAACGUACAAAGAGUAUCCCAGCAUGUUCAUUAAUCAAGCUUCCUCCUUUUUGCCCAACUGCACUUCGGUGUACAGUCGCAACGGACUAGGAUGGGAUCCUUUCCUUGAUGUCCUCGAAGAUGUUGGACUCGGCGGGUGGCCAGCAAACUUUCCAGACAACACAAGUCUGCCCGAAGUUGUGGGUAAGGUGGACGCCGCACUUGGUGUUUUCUCCUACGUUCAGGUUACCGUCCGUAACGAGUAUGAGGACAAGUACUCUGUUCACUUGGAUACUCCAGCAACAGUCCUAAAAAGAAGCCAGAUCUGGUACACGGAAGGUAACCUGACUGACUAUGCAGUGAACAUUACUAGGGUACUUCAGUCCCUAGGCGCUGCGAAAGCAGACUCUGAACGCAUUGCUCGAGAAAUCGCGAAGCUCGAGGUACGACUGGAAGACUCCAUCGGAACGCGAAGGUUCGAACCUCCAGCUUACCGUGCUAGGUCGUCCGAACAAUUGCCGCACGGCCACAACUGGGAGUGGAAGGCUUAUCUGUCUACGGUCUUCAAGGGGUCCGGGAUAUCGUUUGAAGACGGGCAACGUCAUCUCGAAGUUCUAUCACCUCAAUACCUCGAAGAGCUCGCUCAGAUAAUGAAUGACACAGACACCUUGUCCUUGUUGCACUACGUGGGGUUCAGGGUUCUCAUUCACCUGGCUCCACUUCUUCCAGACGAAGCGCAGGUCUUUGUUCCGCUAAGUUCAGAUGGUUUCGUGAAAGGCGUGAGCGAGAGGCUGCAGGGUUGUGCGUUCUUGCUGGAAAAGGCUUAUCCACACGGCAUGAAGACCUUCCUACGGAUGUCCUUAGGCCUCUAUCCAGGCGGUGGUGGUGUUCUUCGUUAUGACACCCGCUACGAUGACCAGGUUGGGAUCAUAUUUCGAGAGCUACGCAACGUACUUCACGGUGUCGUCAAGAAAACACCUUGGUACGACCCGGUUGAACGAGUGGUCGCAGCUGAGAAACUCAAGAUGAUGCGAUUCCGUUUCUUCGGUACCGGCCAAAACUUGACGCCUGUCGCUGAUUAUUACAACUUGGACGUUCCGCGGUUCCACGGUACGCGUCUGUUGGAGAGCUUCUACAACAUCUUGAUCAACACACGCCGGAGGUACUAUCAUCCAUACCGUGGUGAUCGAGCGGCUGAUUUCGACAACAGGUUUCAUGUCUCUAGUCUGCAGCCAGGCUUCGAAUUUCUGCAGGGAAGGAAUUUGCUCUUCGUCCCGUACUCCAACGUAGCCUUCUUGGCCAACACCUCUUCUACCAUUCAGCCAUGGCAUAUUCCGAUUGUCGGCGCGACUAUUUUACGAGGACUCUUUCAAAGCAUCGACGAACGUGGAGCUUAUAUCGACCACAAGAACCGCGUCCGCUUCUGGUGGAGCCGCGAGACCAUCAGACGGUACGAACAACUUCGUGAUUGCUUCUUGCGCCAGUACAAGCGCGCCCUCGAGGACGUCCUCAGAGAAGACGUCGACGUAGUGCGCACCCUAGCCGAUGACAUCGCCGAUAAUGCGAUCAUCCAUCCGCUCUUCAAGCAUUACAUGGGGAAAGUUGAACAACAGAGACAGGGAGAAAUGGAAGUGAAACGGAGGUUCUUUGUGCAGUUCGCAAGGCCCUUGUGCGCGUACCAGCCAGGUGAUGUGUACCAGGAGCGCGUUGCUUUCUUCGGAGACACCCCACCAAAGUUGAGGGUGAAUAUUCCACUGAGGAACUUUCCGGAGUUCGCCGAGACGUUUGGGUGUCGCAGAGGGGACCCCAUGUUUCCACCGUCUGGACGGUGUUCGCUGUGGCAGAAUGUCUGAAUAGUGGGCUACUGCAAUAAAAAAGUUUGCUGACGAGG